CUGACCACUGAGGGGACGGACACAUAGACCGUUGCUCGCGACUGCGCAUAGCCCAGCGCAGGUCGUCCUUGGACAGGGACCGUUCUUGACUUUGACUUCGGUUGGCCUUCCACGGGGCUUCAGUCAUACUCGUCUUCUGCUGGACCAGACCUCUAUGUCGCUUAUGCGGUUCAGCCGAAGUUUGCUGUUGUCUCAGAAGUCUAUUGGUUUCAAACGACUUGCAUUUCGUCCUAAACACCAGGGUUGUUUGUGACUGAGCCGAUUACUACGGCGAAUUGAGGAAGUACAUAUACUCCUGCUUCGAAGUUUCAUCUGCGAAUGGGCCGGCCAAGAUGCCUGGGAGGGUAGACAAGUCCAGGCGCUGGUGCGAGGCCACGGCGCUGUCACGGAAAGGAACCGCUAAGAGAGCGUCGUCUGCUGCCGCAUCUCGCGAGGCACCGUCGCCAGCGAGACGACACGAGAGCGGCACCAUGAGAGAUGUCAAGAUGGCGGAACUGAAGGUGGAGGCGCCGCUAGCGCGCACCGAAGAGUGGUCAGACUUCAGCGAUUUCCAGAGCUCCGAGGACGUGGAGAACUCGAACGCGUCGACCAAAUCGACGCCCACCACCGACAGUAGUAGCGGCGGCGGCAACAACGGCGUGGCAGCCAACGACAACUCCUUCGCGGACUGCAACUUCAGCGAGACGUUCUCCAACUCGCUCGAGGAUCUGGUGAACACCUUCGACGACAAGAUCACAAAGUGCUUCUGCGACUACGACGAGAACGUGGAGAAGCUAGCGCCCGUGCAAAUCCGAACGCAGGAGGAGAUUUUGAACGAGUGUCAGACUUGGUGGACGAUCACUGGCAACUUUGGCAACAUCCUGCCCAUCGACUGGUCCAAGUCUUACGCCAGGAAACUGCAGCUGCCAGCGCUCAACCUCAAUGAACGAGCGAAAUCGGAGCGUCUGGAUGGUGGACUUGACAAUGGCUCGGACGAUGAAGAAGAGCUGGCCAAGGACCUGGACCUUCACGCACUCAUCCUCUCCAGUCUACAGCAGGAGCCUAUCUUCACAGCCGAGCAGGUGCUUGAGGAGAUUGACGAGAUCAUGCAGGAAAACGGCCCUUCCGAAGGGGUUCCAUCGCCGGACGGCUCCCCGGAGAAGACGGCCAACGAUGCCAUGACCAAACAUGCCAUCUCGUCACUCGUCUAUGGGGAAAGGCUCAAGACGCUCUCGACGGCUGAGCUGAACGAGGUGCUAGUGGAGCUGGAGCGGCUGAUCCGCGAGCACUCGGAGACGCUCAUCCAGGAGCUGGCACUGCGGGACGAGCUCGAGUUUGAGAAGGAACUCAAGAACACCUUCAUCUCUUUGCUGCUCAGUGUGCAGAACAAGCGUCGGCACUUCCACAUCGACCGGCGCAAGGGGCGCCCGGCCAACCACGGUGUGCCCGAACCCAAGUAUCUCACCACGGUGAUCCCUUACAACGUUGACAAGGGCCCUCCAAACAACGCCUCCUUACAGAUCCUCAUCAAAAUUCUCCGCGCCAUCAAUGAUGACAGCCCCACAGUGCCGACGCUCUUGACAGAUUACAUCCUGAAAGUUUUAUGUCCAACGUAAAGAGAGGAGUCGCCGAGAAGCAACGCUUGCCCCGGAUCAUUUUUGCGGCCUACUCUGGCGCCGACCUCGGCCCUCGGCUCUCGACCCAUGCAUCGCGAGACUGGCGUCCAAGGCUAGCCGGAGGUUGAAGUCUGCGAACCGCUUGCGCCACAGAAUCCUGGGGAGUCUGGUUGCUAGGGCUACACCGUUGUUCUCUUUGUUCUCACUUUGUCUCGUGUGAGACGUAUUUAUUAUGAGAAGUGCGCUGGGCUCGCUCGUGAGAAAGAUCUUUUUUUUAUUGCUUCAUGAAAACGAAUGUGAGACUGUUUGGAGACUCUUUGCUUUCCACAACUGUCAAAGUUGUAUGAACGACAUGUCAUCGCAAUGUUAAAAUCUGUGUCUCGUAGUCUCCUUGAGUUUUUGCAUAUCUAAGUAAUAGAAACCACAAAUUCAGGAUGAAUUUUUUUUUCAUUGGCAGUACCGCGCUUAUGACAGUGACUAACUUUAAAAGGAAAGAAGGUGCAUACCCUUGUGCUGACCAUAGCCAGUGGUUAUUCUUGUGAUAAGUUGCUAGCCUGGACUUCUAUGUUUAUUUCUUUUGUUUAAAAAGUAAUUUUAGAAAAUCGCCUGUAGCAGAUAAGAUUUUGCACCUUUUCAGUUCGAUUCGGGUGAAGUCACAUCUGCUAAACAGAAAGACUUGCACACGUACGCAUGUUCCUUAUUACAUUUUAUGUGCAGCAUCUAGGCUUGACAACCAUGCCUCCUCAACUGUCACUCUCUAAGCGGCAUUUUGCCAAUGCUUCAUGGCACAGGGUCUCCAGACAGUUGUCGAAGAACUAUCACUGCUGCCACCCAAGUGAUGCUUUUACUUAUUGGAGCAUUGUUUCAGACUUGGAGCAAGGCAGCAACAAUCUGCGUCACCAAACCGUGUGGCUCCUAAUUGUGGUUGCAUUUCGUGCGUGCCAGAUACAGGCUUAGCCCCUCGGUGCAGCAGCUCUCACCCAUGCCAUAGUCACUCGAGCCGUUGGACUUAGGUUUGCGCUUACUUUCAAGUGUCUUUCAUGCUUGAGCUUGUUUUAGAGCUUGCACUUGUUUUUCAAUGUGUGCAGAGAGACAGCUAUACGAUGUUUAUUAUAUAUAGUUUAUUUAAAGUGUACAAAUACAGGGGCCAUGUUGUGGAACGAUCAUUCCUGGGAGCAUCAUUGCCUGCUCGUGCCACUUUCUUGAGACAUCAGAAGAACUUGAUGUUAUGCUUAACAGGAGUGUGUGGACUACUUACCAGCACAGUGUCCUCAUUGCGAAGAAGCUCGCUGCAUUAACAAGGGUCAGUGAACCGAAGAAUCUUUCGCAGUUGCCAAACGACUUUUCUCUGAACCCCGUGAUUGGUGUGAUUUUGAGCUAAUCAGUGCAAGUAAUACGAGACUUUAAUUAAAAGUGCAUGCACAAAGACGACUGCACAUUAAUUGUGCUUUUGUUGUCUUCAUUAUGUGUUCUCACCAUUUAGUCUUGCCCUAUAUGUGCUCCCGUGUUGGGCCAAGUUGAUGUAAUGUUUUACCACUCACUUGUAUGAGCCAAUUGAUGCCCCUACAGAAUCAUUCUGGCUUCGUUUUUGAAGCUGAGGUAUGAAUUUUAUGCAUUCAGUUGCACGAUUUGAGUCUUCGUCGGGUAUGACAGGAUCACAUGUGGCAGCGGAAACAUGGUGACAUUUUUGGAGUGCUGACCAAUGCACCAGAUAUGUAUGUUGCGUGUAUGUUGAAAGCACUGACAGAAGUGAUCGUUGCACAGCAUCAACCCGGCUGUUUUAUUCAAUCGAUGUUGUAUGUUUUUAACCAGGGUGUUUUUUUCCUAUUGAUGUUUUGUGCAUGUGCACAACUUGAUUAUUUCUGUGACCUGUUUUCUCGGCUUUACCUCGUGUCAUGUUUGUUUCGACGUCAUGAUAGGCUAUGAAAUAUUCACACCUGAUUUUUGUGAGGGCACUGAAACUGAACAACGUUGUUUUAGAAUUUUAUGUUCUACAUGAAUGUUUUCGCCUUUUUAUUCUGGCAUAGGGCACUGAGUAAACAAACUGUUUGAGGAAGCAAAUGAACCCGCUUAUAGAGCUUGGCAGUGUAUACAUCUACGCUGAUUACAGCGAAUGGCUGCAGUUCUUGCAUGGGAUUCCUGCAUUGGAAGAAAAAAGCGUCCAACAUUAUGGUCUUUUGGUAGCUACGUCGAGCUAAAAUUAGCAUCCUCCAUGUCGGACGAAAUAUUGCGUGUCGAGUUUGUGCACAGCAUACUACCUUGUGCACAGCAUAGAUGCUGAUGCUGUUCCAUUCGUAUAAUUUCAGCUAUUGUAAGUUCAGGGUUUGAGAGACAAACUCAGUGGAAUCGUGCAGUUGUAGCCACCUGAAUUUAAAGUUAGUGCAGUGCGCUGGUUUUGAAAUUCUUCACAGGGUAAGAAAUCUCAAGAAUUUUUAGAUUUACUUCUUUUUUAGGCUGAGGACAGUUGUACCCUUCAGUUGGUGUGCAGUUAAAAUUCCGGGAAGGUAGCGAGCCACACUCCUUUGUCAGAAAGGCAGCUUGUGUAUCUUAGAUUGUCAGGACAUUGCUGCACUCGCCAGCAGUUAGUCUGCUUCAAUUGCGAUGUAGGCUUGAAACCUUGUACAUAAGGUCAUAGCCACGUGGUGUGUGCGAAAUAGGCACCAGUAAUGGCCUCAUAGAUGGCUUCAAGAUCUCUCCAACUGGAUGUGUCUACUAAAUGGACCAUGCUUUGUAAAAGUAAAAUCUCUGCUUAGAAUUGACUUUUGGAGUGCGUUCUCAUUAGAAAUGCUUGACUAGAUUUUUGCGGAGGUGUGAUAGCAACAUUCUAGUCUUGCAUUUUGAGCCUCUCAACCAUAAUGCCGCUUUUUAACGAAGCAAGCUUUCAACACAUCUGUGUUUGCAGCUUUUUAUCAUACAGAUCUUCGCAUGCUUCACGGUGAAAUUUAAAAAGUGGAGCGCCCAGAUUGUCUGAUAUUUUUGUUUCUUGAGCAAGUCUUUGUCAGUCAUGUACUCAUUCUAUCACUGGUUUUUUAAGCUUAUAUUUGUUGGGAAAUGUCUGCUUCUUGUUAUGAGGCACUUAGAACAAAUUUACAUUGUAAAAAAAUUGCAAGAACAAAAUUGUUUUGUGUAUAUAAACUUUUUCUUUUCUUUUCCAGUAAAUCCAGGGCUAACCUUGUUUUAAAGAGAAACGAAUGCUCCAAUUACUUAAAAAUUCUUAAGGUUUCAAUAAAAUGUACCACUCGGAUUAACAUGUGCAAUUGUCUUAUGCAAAACGUCCCAAACUGUAAAAGGUAUGACACAGACGUGAGGGGAAUAAAACACAGAUGAAGUUUCUUGUUGAAAAGCAUAAGUCAUACGUGACUGUUUAAACGUUUACAACAAUGUGCUUAUGAUAACACAGCUUGUGGAUGUCGUUUAAAAGUGGUAGAAGCUCUUUGGCUUUACUGGCGAUUUUCUGCAUUGAAAGCUGCUUCUGGAAGCCAGCUUUGCUGAAGAGGAUAGCGACUAUCUUCACUUCGAUGCCAGAUUUCUUGAUGCCUCUAAUCUCGCCCACAGUGCAUGAGAAAACUCCGGAGCGUCUUUCUUGUAAAGGCCGUGUAUUCAAACAUGUCUCGUGAUGCGAGCGAAUUGAAGCAGGGAGGGGAUGUUGCGAUGUUCUUGUGUUCUGCUAUUCGUUGUCAAGUGUUCGCUUCCAGAACUGUGCUUACCAGAUAAGUGAGGCACGGCAAAGUUCGUGUGAAUGAAAAAAAAAGAUAAAAGAAAGUAUAUGCGAUUACAGGUUGAAUGUGGAGGGCGCCAAGCUCUUGUUGAUAGACUACUGGUUUGAUGUGCCUCUUGAGCACAUCGUAGCGAUUGGGUCAUGAUACAGCAUGCUAUUACUUGUACAUGUUGCUUUAUUUUCAUGUGUAACACAUGCACCAAAAAUUCCAGAAAUUUAGAUACAACGCAGACACGCAGUUAAACAGCAUGUUCGCAGAUUAGUGUUCGCACAUGCUCUUUAUUUUUUUCUCUUCUCACUGAAAAUUUAGUGGAUUGUUUUUUCUCUAAAAUGCACUAAUUUUUUCUUGAAACGUUUAAAACAACCUCUACAUUUAGUUCUUGCUGCAGCUAAACCUUGCAGCACAGGACCUUCAGCACACCCUUUUCGAAAAGAUUAGCCAUAAUUUCUUGGCAGUUAGUGAAUCCGAGAACUUGGCACCCUUUGUAUUCAUAGUGACAAAGGUUCAUACCAAUAAGGUGACAUACUGAUAAGGUUCCUGCGUGCUUUGCCUGCUAGAGCGAUAGAAACGAUUGUUUUGCGAAUCCGAGUCGCAAGUCGCUGAACUACUUCCUCACGAUUCAAGCAAGUCGCUCUCGCUGUUGCAGCUUUGCGAUCAUGUUGGCGAAGGCACUUUUUGUGAAGCUUUGGCUCAGCUGGCGACGCGAUUACAACGCGCGGCACAUGAGCUUGUACAGCGUAUACCAUGUGCAAUCACUUAGGGAAUUUCUUAAGCAUAAUCUGUCAUUGUUGAGCAGUUCACCUUUACUGAAAGGUUUUUUUUUUUUUUGUUAACAACCAUAGGUUCAUUGUACCAUCAGUGUUCAUCUUUUUUCCACCGCUUGUAGAGUGUCUGCUUAGCCAUGUACCUAUUCUUCGGCACCUUUUGAAGCAUGGUGUUGAUGUUCGCAUCAUCUUCCUCCAAGUCUACAAAACGCUGUGCAUGCGUGUCAUAAAAGUAUAUGUUGUUUCGUGACAUGGUUUUGCAUAUCUAUUUUUUGUACAUAACACUACUCUCGCCAGUUAUACAAGUAUCUAGCGAUGUGCAUGUUGACAUAAAUAUGUGUGCUUAUGUCUCUUCUGGCAUUGCAGUUCCAUGAUCUGUGAAAGGAAAUGCGUAUGGUACAGUUGCUGCGCUCAUUUUGUUUCUGGGUACCAGCUUGGUGUUUGACAAAUCAUGGUAGGCAAAUCUGGGAAGGUAAAAGCAUAAUAACAGGCUGAGUUUCAUUAGAUCUGGCUUAUAUAUUUUUAUGGGACAGUUGUAUCAAAUGAUAAAACAUGCAUCGGUCUAGUUUAGAGUUCUUGCUACACACAUUAUAAAAGCUUGCAAUGGGGCAAGUUGGAUUUUUUUUUCAUAAUGACAAUAUAAGUUCAGCUAAUUUGUAUGUUUGGAUAAGGUGCAAAUACUAUAUGGCAUACAGUGUUGUAUGUUGCACUUCCCAUGUCUUUACAUCCAGUCCGACUUCUCAAGUUAAUGGCAUUUGUAUUGCGUAAUUUUAGUUUGCAAGAUAUCUAGACCUGUGUGGGAAUGAAAUUCUUAUUUAUACUUGGUGGUCUGCAGUGUUGGGUUCAUGAAAAACCUAACAUUUCAUUCCUAAGCUGAAUACAGAUUAAUGCCGAGAUGCAUCUGCAUACAGAGGUGACAGAGCAACACAGUGGGCUCAUUGUUGAUGAUGCGUGAUGACAUUAGCUUCUCAAUGUCAAAAGCUGCUUCUUAAGAGGCUCAAGGGCUAAAUUGUUUGCAUCAUCGCUUUGUUGCCAAAUUAUCACUUUUCAUAUCAUUUAUGACUGGCAGGUCGCAAGCGUUCUCGAACCACUUUCAGUUGCCCAAAUGCUGUGUCCUUUUUCGCAGUUUUUUGAUGCACUUAAGGGCGUGCCCGACUCAGGUUUUUUUCAGUUAUUUUCGUUUGCUUCUGGUGCAGCUGCCAAAAUAGUCUUGUCAUGAAAAUAUUCGCUGCGUGAGUGAGUGAGUGAGCGUGAACGGCUUUGAAUGCACGCCUGUUUGGUGACAGGAUUAUUUCAUCUCCCGAAUCGUUAGUCGUCAGAGGUGCGCUACCUUGUGCAAACCUCAAGCACCGUUUGCAGCAGACAAAGCAAGGGGCUUACAUCUAAAUGAUGUGGUGUGCAGAUCGCCACAGAAACCUUCAUAGGCAGCAAUGAAACCAAACGUAGUUGUAGGUCCGUGUGUUCCCUAUUUGCCCAUGCUUUGCAUCCCGUCUUUGAUUACCACUAAAUUGUGUCGUGUGGUCGACCCGAGCCAGCUAGUCCAGUUGGGUAUGAAGGAUCAGCACUGUAGGAAUUAGCAGUUUACACUAGUGCUAGUUUAUCGAUUAUUUGUUCAUAUUUUUUAAUGUAAAGCUGGUGCAAUAUGCCCUACCUUGAGUGGGACAGAGGAUUGCUCUUGUGUGUGUCCAAAAUAUUGUUUGGGUUCCUGUGUGUCAAAACAUUUUGAGAUCAUGUAAUAGAGUGUUUUGCGAGACUUGAUACGGUUUGGAAGCUGUACAGUUAGGCAGCACUGUGCGUAGAAGCGAAGGGGAAACUCGGACAGCACAUCUUAAUGUGCGGAUGACUUGUACAUUAUUUAUUGCUCCGCAAGUCCUCUUCCUUCUUAGCAACACUUGAAACUGUGUGUACAGCACCCACUGUGAAGUGUGCGCGACUUUGUGAAGUAGUAGUCCAAUCUUCAUUCUUUCGUUCCUUGUGGAUAUUGCGUCUGCUGGGUUGCCUCGGCGAUAUACUGAAAGCUCAUUUGAAGGUCACAAACUUGUAACAGUGUACGAAGUAUAUGAACCGUGCAUGGUUUGUUCCUGCAGCUCGUUCCAAUUGCACUGCUCCAGCACUGCAGAGUAGCUCUGUGUCGUGCCAUCAUUGAUUGCGUACUGCUGCUAAACACGGAGUUGUGGACUUUGGUGAUUUACAUUGUGUUUAUAGUGCCGUGUUCUCUUGCUCGAUAUAUUGCCCUGUACUGCUGCAUGAACUGCGGUGGCUGUGGUUCAUUGAGAGCGAGCGCAGUGAGUGAUUGAGUCAUGCUGAGAAUUUUUUUUCCAUCUUAUGCGUGCAGUUGAGAACUAGGAGAAGACUUGGAUGCCCUUGGAGGUAUUUGUGUGAGCUGGUGGUUCCUUGCGUUGAGAGAUAAAUAAAAGAUCAACUCUAUCUUGA